CCCACCUGGACUUUCCUUGCUGCCUUUGAGGAAAUUGGUUCUUCAGGGACAAGCAUGGCCUGGAAGAUCACACCACUGCUGUGCCUUUUGGUGUGUGUGGCUGCUGGGGGGGCAGCUCAGCCCAGGACUCAGCUUCUCAACGUCUGCAUGAAUGCCAGGUACCAUAAGGAAAAACCAGGUCCCGAGGACAAGUUACACGGACAGUGCAGCCCUUGGAAAAAGAAUGCCUGCUGCUUUGUCAACACCAGCAUAGAAGCCCAUAAGGAGAUUUCCAGCCUGUACAGAUUCGACUGGGACCACUGCGGCAAGAUGGAGCCUGCAUGCAAGCGCCACUUUAUUCAGGACACCUGUCUCUACGAGUGCUCACCUAACCUGGGGCCCUGGAUCCAGGAGGUGAAUCAGAGCUGGCGCAAAGAACGGAUCCUGAAUGUGCCCCUGUGCAAAGAGGACUGUCAGAGCUGGUGGGAAGACUGCCGCACCUCCUACACUUGCAAGAGCAACUGGCACAGGGGCUGGAACUGGACCUCAGGGUACAACCAGUGCCCGGUGAAAGUUGCCUGCCACCGCUUCGACUUCUACUUCCCCACGCCUGCUGCUCUGUGCAAUGAAAUCUGGAGUCACUCCUACAAGGCCAGCAACUACAGCCGGGGCAGCGGCCGCUGCAUCCAGAUGUGGUUCGACCCCUUCCAGGGCAACCCCAACGAGGAGGUGGCGAGAUUCUAUGCUGAGAGCAUGAAUGGGGCUGGGCUCCAUGAGGCCUGGCCUCUGCAUUUCUGCCUGCUCCUAGUGUUGCUCUGGCUGCUCAGUGGAGCUCCUUUUAUUUUCUGACACCUGGCAAUCCCUGCCCCGUUAAGCUCCAUAGUCAGUUUGUUCCUUGGUGGAAACUGUUUGAAUAAAAAUUCAGUCACCCUACAUGUGUCACGUAAGUUAUUUGAAUGUGAAUGGAAAUGUGACUUUUGCUUUCCAAUACCACUGACUGAAACUAGUUAGACUUGGCCAGUUUUCAGUUCUGAUACUUGCUAUGAUCUUGCCAAAUAACUUUAUUCUUCCAAUCUAGGGGAUAUUCAUAGCUCUCAACUUCAUUUUUCACUGCAGCUUUAAUCUAGAGCCAGGCAGAGGACUUAAUCAUUUGAAUUGGACCCAAGUAUUCCAGGGCUAAUUGGAAUACUUGUUCUGUCCUCUUCUCAGCUUUCCAACAGAAGAGAGGGGAAUGGAAGUGUCCAGCAAGGACAGCAUAUUCUGGACGGCUGGCUGGGAAGAGGUGAAGGGUGACCAAGAGAUAUCUAGACCACCUAAUACAGCACUAUCUGCUGGGCACCGUCCUCAAUUCUUUAUAUAUAUUUUAUUCCUAUAAGGUAUAGAUGCUUUGUCUAUAUUCUGUUGUCCAGUCAGUCAGUCAUGUCUGAAUCUUUGUGACCCACAGACUGCAGCAUGCCAGGCUUCUCUGUCCUUUCCUAAUUCAGGGAGUUUGAUCAAAUUCAUGUCCAUUGAGUUGGUGAUGCCAUCCAACCAUCGCAUCCUCUGUUGCCCCCUUCUCCUCUUGCCCUCAGUCUUUC